GCCCGCCCCUCAUGCUCGAGGAACCAGGUUUGAAGCCGACCUUCCGAGCACCAUAUCGGCUCAGCCCCACUGAGCUGACCGACAUGAAAAAACAGAUCGAGUAUCUCCUCGCCAAAGGACGCAUCAUACCAUCUACUUUGCCAUACGGUGCCCAAGUGCUCUUCACACCGAAACCGGACGGAAGCCUGCGCAUGUGCAUCGAUUACCGAGCUCUUAACAAGCAUACCAUCAAGAAUAAGUACCUGAUUCCACGAAUCGAUGACCUGCUUGACCAGCUUCGGGAAGCUACGGUAUUUUCCAAACUGGAUCUGUGGUCCGGAUACAGGCAGAUACGAAUGGCGGAUAACUCCAUCCACAAAACUGCCUUCCGCACUCGGUACGGAUUGUACGAGUAUUUGGUAAUGCCGUACGGACUCACCAACGCACCGGUAACGUUCCAAGCCGAAAUGAACCAUAUCCUACGCCCACUUUUAGAUGAAUGCGUGGUUGUGUACGUGGACGACAUCCUCAUCUUUUCGCGCAACAUGAAACAGCACGUCGAACACCUGCGACGCGUCUUCGAAAUUCUUCGACAAGAACGAUUCUAUGUCAAAUUGUCCAAGAGCGAAUUCGCCCUUGAGAAAGUCCAAUUCCUAGGACACAUGGUGAGCGCUCAAGGAGUUCACGUCGACCCCAAGAAAAUCAAAGCCGUACGUACGUGGAAGACACCCGAGAACAUGAAGGAGUUGCAGCAAUUCCUAGGCUUUGCUAAUUAUUACAACAGGUUCGUGCCACAGUACGCGAAACUCGCAGCACCACUCACGAAUCUGCUGAAGCGACAGUGGGACAACGACAUCGCGUACCGGAAAGGAUCAACGAAGAUCUGGGUACCUAAUUACCCUCCAUUGCGCCAGUUACUACCCGAAGAAUACCACGACGUCAUGUAUGCGGGACACUUUGGUAGCAACAAGACGCUGACCGGUAUCGCGAAGCACUACCACUGGCCCCACUUGGCAGAAGAUGUUCAGAAAUUCGUCACCUCAUGUGAUACAUGUCAACGAAUGAAGAGCAGCAAGCAAAAGAAGGCGGGACUACUACAACCACUUCUUGUCCCAGAACAACCAUGGCAAGUGGUUAGCCUGGACUUCAUCAUCAGGUUACCACCGACCAUUAGCGGUCAUGACGCAAUCCUUGUCGUCAUCGACAAAUUCUUCAAAAUGGGACACUUCAUCCCGACACACACGACAGCACGCACCGAAGAAACAGUACAAUUCUUCGUUCGCUACAUCAUCUCACAGUAUGGCAUUCCAACCACGCUCAUCUCCGACCGAGACCCCAAGUUCACCAGCAAGUUCUGGAAGGAACUAAUGUCUCUGCUCGGGACCAAAAUUGCCAUGUCAUCCGCCUACCAUCUGCAGACAGACGGACAGACCGAGCGCCUCAACCAGAUUGUCGAGCAACUCCUCCGAGCAGCCUGCAAGGACAAGAUCUCCAAAUGGGACUUGCACGUGCCCGUACUAGAGUUUGCUUACAACAUCGUUACACAUGCCGCUACUGGACAGACGCCGUUCUUCCUUUGCUACGGACGCCACCCACUCACACCACAAAAACCGACAGCCUCAGCUACAACACUCGCCAAAUUCGAGAAGGACGUCAAGCGAACCAACACCGGAUUCCUGGCGAUAGCAACACAGGUAGAGAAUGACAGAGAGAAAGCCUCGGAACCUCCAGAAAAGAUCAAGGACUUACUGAAGGAGUUCCAAGACAUUCUACCCGACGACCUCCCGGACGAGCUACCGCCAUACCGAACGCACCAACAUGAGAUUGUGGAGGAACCAGGUUCGAAGCCGACCUUCCGAGCACCAUAUCGGCUCAACCCCACAGAGCUAGCCGACAUGAAAAAGCAAAUCGAGUAUCUCCUCGCCAAAGGACUCAUCCGACCAUCCACUUCUCCAUACGGUGCCCCAGCACUCUUCACACCGAAACUGGACAGAAGCCUGCGCAUGUGCAUGGACUACCGAGCUCUCAACAAGCAGACCAUCAAGAACAAGUACCCGAUUCCACGAAUCGAUGAUCUGCUCGACCAGCUUCGGGGAGCCACGGUAUUCUCAAAAUUAGAUCUGCGGUCCGGAUACUGGCAGAUAAGAAUGGCGGACGAUUCUAUUCACAAAACAGCCUUCCGAACUCGAUACGGAUCGUACGAGUAUCUGGUGAUGCCGUUCGGACUCACCAACGCACCUGCAACGUUCCAAGCAGAGAUGAAUCACAUCCUACGCCCACUCUUGGACGAAUGCAUAGUGGUGUACUUGGACGAUUUUCUCGUCUACUCGCGAGACAUGCAACAAUAUGUCGAACACUUACGACGCGUCUUCGAGAUUCUUCGACGAGAACGCUUCUACGUCAAACUAUCCAAGAGCGACUUCGCCCUCGAGAAAGUCCAAUUUCUCGGACUUAUCGUAAGCGCUCAAGGAGUUCACGUCGACCCCAAGAAAAUCGAAGCCGUGCAUACGUGGAAGACACCCGAGAAUGUGAAGGAGUUACAACUGUUCUUUGGCUUCGCUAACUACUACAACAGGUUCGUGCCGCAAUACGCGAAAAUUGCCGCGCCACUCACGAAUCGGCUAAAAAAGAACAUGCCCUAUAAAUAGGAGCCGAAGCACCAGGAAGCCGUGGA